AUGAUUCGAAAACUUUCUUGGUUAUUAGUUUUUUUGGCCAUAGUUUCCAUGGUCUGUGCUUUUCCAUAUCAUUUGAAUAAAAGAAGUACUGCAUUUGCACCAUGUGAUUCACAUACCCCAGUAAUCAGUAAUGUAACAUUUAGCCCUGAGCCUCCAAUCGCUGGUUCUAAUCUCAGAGUUAAAGGUUCAGCAACGAAAACUAAUAUUGAAGAAGGCGAUUUAUUCAUAUUUGAAAUUUUUAAUACAACAGAUUCAAAACUCGCUACACUCGUAUUAGAAGGCCCGGCUGUAGAUAUUUGCGCGAAAACUAAAUGUCCAACAAAUACGUUUAUCUUUAACGAAAAAUAUGAUUUAUCAAACGUAACAUCACUUCCACUCAACUACGUAAUUGAAAUUUCAAUUGAACCUGGCAACCGAGAUCCAACCAAAAAAAAAGCUUGUGCAUACUGG